UUUCUCUCUCCUGCUGAGGGAGAGAGAAAGUUUCUUCUCUCUCCCUCAGUAGGAGUUUUUUUUUAUUUCUCUCUUGCCGUGGUACAAGCCCUCUUCCCCUGUUUGGGUUUUCUCUAAGUCUUUGUUGCCUUCAAGGUUCCCUCAGCAGCAUGGAUCAAGCUACCACUGGAGAACUUCUGCAUUUUCAUCUCACCACAUAUAAGGAUGAUGAAAGCUCCACUUCAGUCACGAGAUCGGACAUCCUUGAGGAGUGUGUGCGAGCCUUCAAGUCCACUCCAAGAUCUGCCUGGAAAAUGGGUUUGGAUCUAAGGGGGAUUUUUGAGAAGCUCUGUGCUGCUUGGGGAGGCGGGUCGGAGGACGAAAGAAGAGAGGAAGAUUCCGGCUUCCAGAUUCCAGUGGCUAUCAGUCCGGUGAGCAUGGAUACGGAGAAAGGCAGCUGUUCUUCUGUGCCGGUUUGCUCACCCUCCUCUGUUGCGCACUCACGGGUUUCCCAAUGGUCCUCUAAGGCCAAAAAUCGGUUUUGGGCUUUCCAAUGUUUCCUGCUCUGGCCCAAGGACUUCCCAGCCCGAAAACCACAUGUAAUAUCUCUCCUUUUAAUGAGCCCAUCACUAGAGCCCAAGAAAAAAGACCCCAAAAAUGUUAAUAUGCAAACUCAGAAAUCUGGGCUGUUGGGUUUAUUGAGGGGAGUGGCGUGUAAUUGUUUGUGAUUUUCUCUCAGUGUUUGUAUGCUCUCUCUACUGUGACUCUUUUCUAGUUGAAUGAAUA